AAAAAAUUUUAAUUACUGUACUCUUCUCUUUCAGUGACUGAUUUUUGCCAAGAUGCCUCCAAGGAAGAAGCAAGAAGAUACUGAUAAGCAGACAAGGAUCGCUAUUGUCAAUUCAGAAAAAUGCAAGCCUAAGCGUUGCCGUCAGGAGUGUAAAAAAUCAUGCCCAGUCGUACGCAUGGGUAAACUGUGCAUUGAAGUGACACCUAAUGAUCGUAUGGCUGCAAUAAGUGAGGAGCUUUGUAUAGGGUGUGGUAUUUGUGUUAAAAAAUGCCCAUUUGAAGCCAUUAUGAUUAUCAAUUUACCCAGCAAUCUGGAGAAGGAAACUGUACACAGGUACAAUAAGAAUUCAUUCAAGUUGCAUCGUCUCCCAGUACCAAGAAGAGGCGAAGUUUUAGGUCUGGUUGGAACCAAUGGAAUUGGAAAAUCAACAGCUUUAAAGAUCCUUGCUGGUAAAGUCAAACCAAAUCUUGGCCGUUUUGCUGAUCCUCCUGAUUGGACAGAAAUUCUUGCCUACUUCCGAGGAAAUGAAUUGCAGAAUUAUUUCACUCGCAUUUUAGAGGAUGAUUUGAAAGCCAUUGUUAAACCUCAGUAUGUAGAUCAGUUUCCCAAGGCUGUUAAGGGUUCAGUGCAAGAUCUCCUCAAAAAGAAAAGUGACCUUGACAACUUUGAGGAAAUGUUGGAUAUAUUGGACUUACGAAAUGUUCUUGGACGCAACAUUGAGGACCUGUCUGGAGGAGAACUCCAGCGGUUUGCAAUUGCAAUGGUUUGCAUUCAGCGUGCCAAUAUCUACAUGUAUGAUGAACCAUCAUCUUACCUUGAUGUGAAGCAGCGCCUCAAUGCUUCAAGGGCAAUUCGUUCAAUGGUCAUGGCAGACAACUAUGUGGUUGUUGUGGAGCAUGACUUAGCCGUAUUGGAUUAUCUGUCAGAUUUUAUUUGUUGCCUGUAUGGACAGCCUGGAGCCUAUGGGGUGGUCACUGUCCCAUUCUCAGUUAGGGAAGGUAUUAAUGUUUUCUUGGAUGGCUUCGUUCCCACUGAGAACUUGAGGUUUAGAGAAGAGUCUCUAACUUUCAAAGUUUCUGAAACACUGAGUGAAGAGGAAAUCAAGAGAAUGUGUCGAUUCAAGUACCCACAGAUGACAAAAAAAAUGGGUGAGUUUACUUUAACUGUGAAUGGAGGCAAUUUCACAGAUUCUGAGAUAAUGGUGUUGCUUGGAGAAAAUGGUACUGGCAAGACUACUUUCAUCAGGAUGCUUGCUGGUCGAUUAGAGCCAGACGAGGGAAAAUCUGAGCUACCUGAACUUCAUAUAUCCUACAAGCCUCAGAAAAUCAGUCCUAAAAGUCAGACCACAGUUCGUCAACUACUACAUGACAAGAUCCGUGAUGCGUAUGUUCAUCCCCAGUUUCUCUCGGAUGUAAUAAAACCACUGAAAAUUGAGGAACUAUAUGAUCAGGAGGUUCAGCAUUUGUCUGGAGGUGAAUUACAGCGUGUAGCACUUACCAUUUGCUUAGGCUUACCUGCUGAGGUAUAUCUCAUUGAUGAACCUUCAGCCUACCUAGAUUCUGAACAGCGUCUUGCUGCUGCAAAGGUUAUUAAGCGGUUCAUUAUGCACGCCAAGAAGACUGCAUUUGUUGUGGAGCACGACUUCAUAAUGGCCACAUAUUUAGCAGACAGAGUAAUUGUAUUUGAAGGAUCUCCAUCUGUGAAAACGACUGCCAAUGCUCCUCAGACAUUAGUCUCUGGAAUGAAUAAAUUCUUGGAAAUGCUUGGCAUUACCUUUAGGCGUGAUCCUAACAACUUCAGACCAAGGAUAAACAAGGAUAGUAGUCAGAAAGAUAAUGAACAAAAGAACUCUGGCAACUAUUUCUUCUUAGACACAGAGGGAAAAACGGAUGGAAAACCAGAGAAAAAACAGAACUGAAGUUACCUCAGUGGUGAUUGUUGAAAAAUCUGAAUUGCAGCUCUGGCCCCGGACCAUAAAUUUUGAGCCACUUUGGCAUAGUGCUUUAGAAUAUGAACAAGGAGGAGGAGGAGGAAGGUUCUUUAGGUGCGUGAAACUACUGUUCAUCUGUCUCAUAUUGGUUUGGCUGGGAGGAAAAAUGUUGGGGUCCAGAAAAUCAGCUGCUGCAUCUUUCUGCAUAUUAAUCUGCAGACAUAUUGACCUGUCAUGCAUUCUAUUUUUUUAUUACAAUGUAGAUCAGAUAUCUUGUACAGUACUUGUAUGAUUGUGUCAUUAAAAAAGCUAGAGCAUUUGUGAAAAUUACAAUGCAUACUAAUAUGUGAAAUUGGAAGUACUGUAAUAUAAAAGUGAUUUUCAGGUGCUGGUUUUAAAUUAUUCUUCAAUGAUCACAGUGGAAUUGUUUAUAAUUUUGAUCUUGUAUGUACAUUAGUUUAAAGGCUCAGCUUGGUCAAGGGACCAAUGAUGCAGCAGCUGAAAGAUCAACUGUGCCCUCCCAGCUAAAGCCAUUUUCAACUCCAUCACAACCUGUGGCUGUGCUGUGUGUUGCUUGCCUAAUAUACUCAUGACAGGAUACACAUCUGGUAUUGAAUUGAACGUUGUUACUUUUUAGUUUGUUAAUUAAACUGUCAUUUUUAUUUAAUUUUGCGUAAGGUGUAGCAGCUUGACGAGUCUUCAAAUUAGAGGAAGUGGAAGAUUUUUCAAGUGACUUGCAAGCUACUUUUUGGUGAAUACCAGAAUCUCAUAGGAAUCCAAAGUACUGUAUUUUAUAGAUUUUUAUGUAGCAGUGUGUUCCAAAGUUAAUAAUGUAGAUUUAUACCCAAGGUGCAGAAGAACAUUUCACUAGAUAAAAUUAAAGUACCUUGUUGUUGAUUGUCAUUUUUACUAAAUAUAUAUAAAUAUGUAACUAACUUAGGUAUGUUCAAUAUUUUUUUAUCUUUUUAUUUUGACUCCUUCCUAAAAGUUCACACGAGAUUCUGUAAUAUAGUGUAUGAUAGAAUUUUAGUGGUAUUGUGUGGUUGAUUACAUUUUUAUACAGCAUUGGUUAUUGUCAACCAUUGCUACCAGUGGUGGACAGUGUACAGUCCUUGUCCCAGUUUUAAAAGCACAAUUGAGAAAACAGUACUACAUCUUUUAUAUUCUUAUUUAAUUCCAUUCUUUAUUAUCACAGUACCUGUGGUUCCUAGUUAUGUUUAUAGAUAAGGUAUCUGAUGCACGUUAUAGCAGUCAGGGGCACAGAGGCUGCAUCAUUUUCUCAUCUCAUCAAAGUCAAACAUCAUUUAUUUUUUAUGUGGUCCAAACAUUGUUGUUAUAUUUAUACUGAGAGGUCAAUAUGAAGUAUGCAGUUAGAA